UAUGUUCUGUGGUGUGGUGCAAGGGCUGUGCUAGGGGUUGUUUUCGACUAAUGAAGGGUAGUAAUAGUAAAGUAUAAAAGUUAGUAACGAUGGCGAGUAAAAAUAAAUCUACAAAAAUAAAAAUGGAUACCAAGGCAACUCAAAUGCCAGAUAAUGUAUUGGAAGUAAUAUUUUCAUUCUUAACACUUCAUGAUUUACGAAACUGUUCAUUAGUGUGUAAAAGGUGGUAUAGUUUUUUAAAUGAUGAAAAUAAUGACGUUUGGAGGUUACAUUGUGUAAGAAAGCUUGCUGAAGAGGCUCUUAAGUCGGAUCUAUUAUCAUCAGUUCCCACAUACAAAGCUAAACUAAGAGCAUUUUACCAUGCAUGGAAUCCUAAUGACUGUUCAAGAAAUAUUUACAUUAAACCAAAUGGCUUUACUUUGCAUAGAAAUCCUGUAGCACAAAGUACUGAUGCGGCGAGGGGUAAAAUAGGUUUUCGUCAUGGAAGGCACACAUGGGAAGUGAUAUGGGAAGGACCUUUAGGAACAGUGGCAGUAAUAGGAAUUGCUACUAGGGAUGCUCCUUUACAGUGCCACGGUUACGUGGCCUUAUUAGGGUCCGAUGAUCAAAGCUGGGGCUGGAACUUAGUGGAUAAUCAUUUGCUACACAAUGGGGACGCUCAAGGAAAUUAUCCAUUACUAAAUAAUGCCCCAAAGUAUCAGGUUGGAGAAAGAAUAAGAGUCGUAUUGGAUUGUGAUGAUAAUACACUGUCUUUUGAAAAGAACUAUGAAUUUUUAGGAGUUGCAUUUCGGGGUUUACCAAAUAAGAAGCUGUACCCAACAGUAUCGGCAGUUUAUGGCAAUACAGAAGUGUCAAUGGUAUACCUCGGCCCGCCAAUGGAUGGCUAACAUAACCUUAAUUUAUUAGCCUAAUAUUGAAGUAACGGAGAGAGAUUUAUACGUCUGUUUCAAGAUGGUUCUUCAGUCGCUUCACUUCAUCUUGUAAAAUAUUGCUUGGAAUUGUGGGAGAUUUACUAUUGGAAUAUAUUUUGAAUAACAAAUAACUAAUCUAGAUUUCAGAAUGUGCAAUAUAAUAUUGAUGUGAUUGAAUAAUUUUAGCCUGUACAUUUGUAAAAAUAGAUAAUUUUUAAUGAACUACUCGGAAUUUGUAUUUGAAGGUAUGUUACCAGCACUAUUUACUUAAAAUAGAAGUUGCUGUAGCAGUUUUUGUAAAUAUAUUUGUUGUUUAACAACCAGCAAACAUUACGAGUCAGAUACAUUUUUUCUGAAAAAGCUAAACGUUUUUCUUUAUCCAACAACAUUAGUGUUAAACUCAACUGAGGAUGUAGACGUUAUAUCUACAAGGUGUUCCAUAUCAUUCUGUUCAAAUUUCAUGAAAUAAACAAAUUUAAAUUCGUAUACCAAAUAAACACUAUUUUAUUUCCCUUGUCCUUUCCCUCGUUGAAUACAAGCUUGUAGGCUGAUAGGCGACGUGACAUGGUUAUUGUUUCUAUUUUUCUUGGGGUAUUUCUGCCACAUUGACUGAAAAGAUAAAUUUUAAAUAAAUAAAGUACUUAUGCCAAAAGAACCAGUCAAGUGUUUUUUCAUGUUUGUUUCCUCUUAAUUGUUGGGCAAUUUGUGGAAUCUGCUUCAACAAUUUCUCUCUUUUUGAAACUUGUGCAUAACUAAAUCUUGCAUGAAUCGCCAGGGUU